GGUUGUAUUCGGUGCUCAUUUAGAUGUAGAGAAUUUGGAGGUUUUUUUUGGAGGAGAUGAGGGAUGUUAUCUGGGUUUAUAAACUUCUUGAGGGCCUGUUUUCGGCCAAGCUCAGAUCGAGAUAUUCACAGAAGCUCGGAUGCUGGAGGUCGCCAAGAUGGGCUUUUGUGGUACAAGGACUCGGGGCAACACUUUAGUGGUGAGUUCUCAAUGGCAGUGGUUCAGGCCAACAAUUUAAUCGAGGAUCAGAGCCAGCUUGAGUCUGGUUGUUUGAGUUCACAUGAGUGCGGUCCCUAUGGUACUUUUGUUGGUGUGUAUGACGGGCAUGGGGGCCCAGAGACUUCGUGUUACAUCAAUGAUCAUCUCUUUCAACAUCUUAAACGGUUCACAUCAGAGCAACAGACGAUGUCAGCUGAAGUAAUACGAAAAGCAUAUCAAGCAACAGAAGAGGGUUUUUUGUCUCUUGUUACCAAACAGUGGCCUAUGAAACCACAAAUUGCAGCUGUUGGAUCCUGUUGCCUGACUGGCGUUAUCUGUGGUGGAACCCUCUAUGUCGCCAACCUCGGCGAUUCCCGUGCUGUUUUGGGUAGAGCCGUGAAAGCAACAGGAGAGGUUCUAGCCAUUCAGCUCUCGGCCGAGCAUAAUGCGUGCAUAGAGUCUGUGAGACGGGAGCUGCAAUCAUUGCACCCUGAUGACCCACAAAUUGUAGUUUUGAAGCACAAUGUGUGGCGUGUAAAAGGUAUCAUACAGAUUUCCAGAUCUAUCGGUGAUGUAUAUUUAAAAAAGGCUGAGUUCAACAGAGAGCCUUUAUAUCCUAAAUUCCGCCUUUGCGAACCUUUCAAAAAGCCGAUAUUGAGUGCAGACCCGUCGAUAUCAGUGCACCAGCUGCAGCCACAUGAUCAGUUCGUGAUUUUUGCAUCUGAUGGGCUCUGGGAGCACCUAAGCAAUCAAGAAGCUGUCGGUAUAGCUCAGAAUCAUCCUCGAAGUGGAAUUGCGAAGAGGCUGGUAAAGACUGCUCUACAGGAGGCAGCAAAGAAGAGAGAAAUGAGGUAUUCCGACCUGAAGAAGAUUGACAGCGGCGUCCGUCGCCAUUUCCAUGACGACAUCACGGUAAUCGUGGUAUUUCUUAACUCAAACCUCGUGAGCAAGGCAACCUCCGUUGAGGCUCCUAAUAUAUCCGUUCGAGGCAGUGUAGUUACAUUGCUUCCGAGUACACUGGCUCCUUGUGCCAUGCCAACCGAAGCCGGCAGUACCUGAUGAUACCGGAAAGCGACAAAAGGAAUAAGCCUUCAAUUCUUUAAUGUACACUGUGACUUUUAACUAGAAACUAGUACUUUUCAUUUCGCAUCGGUGCCGAAACACUCGAAAGAGAACUAGAAAGGAGUAAAACAAGGUGACGAUGAAUAUAGUUUGAAUUUACCUGAGAAUAGUUCCCUUACAAGUCUAUGUAAUAGUCUCCUUUUGUUC